UUGAAUUAUCCCCCCGCUAGAUGGCGCAGAAGUGAAGUGAGGAUGUUUACAGUCGAUACCGAGCAGCAGUCAACUUCGAAGGAUCAUCUAUUCUACGUUUGUGUAACAUUAAAAAGUAGACGUGAUGUGUGUUAUUUUGGAUCAGAAUCUCUUGUAUUUUAACCAAUCAAAAUACCCUUUUCCUUGAUUUUUGGAGGUUUUUUUUUUUAAUAAUAAGGCUACAAUAUGAAGUGUUAUCAAACUUAAAGAUCUUCAAUCAAGAUGAUAGACAGUAUACUUACGAUGCAGUGACACAUGAAACUGAUUCAGAUAUUGAUUUCGAAUAAGAUAGAUUGGUAAAGUGAGGAAAAUCAUGAACAGCAAAGAGCUGCCGGCAUUCAAUACUAGCACCUUUUCUGGUGAUACUGCUCAACUGGUGCAUCGCAUGACAGAAGGACUUAGCAGCAAUAAAUACAAACCUGUGGACUAUAAUCGACUGAAGGCACUCACUUCAGAAAAGAAGUUUGCCUCUAUUAAGACCUCAAUGAAAGUGAAGAAGAUAGAAGAGAUCUCUAAAGCUAAUAAAGAGAGCAGCAUUUUGAAGCAGCAUCGGCUCAUCUGGCAGAAAGAAUUUCUCCAUCUUCAACAUCUUCGACGGAAGAUCCAGACUGAAGUUGAAUCUCACAUUCGAAGUAAUGCAAGUUCUGACAUCUGCAGCCAUAUUUAUCAUGAUUUUGAAUAUCAGGAAGCAUCGCUUUCAUCAGCGUUUGAUCGCUUCAAGCAAGACACUGUGGAACCAGUGUGGAAUCUCAGGGAUGAUCUUCGCUACUGGCUGACUGAAAAUAGAGAAGACCUAAAACUCGGGGAUCCUGAGGUGAUUAAGAAACAUGCAGAAAUCAAAGAAACAGCCAAUUCUGUGACCACACAGCAGGCAAAAUUACUUGAGAAACUGCAGCAUGAACAGCUUUGUCUAGAACAAGAAUUGCAAUCUGAAGAAUUAAACCAGUUGUGUCCUUCAUUGCUGGACAAACAUGCAGUGGUGCAGGAAGGCAUCCCAUUUGAAGCUUUGGAUCUGGAAUGUCCAGACAAUCACUUAAAGGCUUCAGUCUUGCAAGAGUUCCUUAUCUUAGAUGACAAGUACAGUACUCGUCUUGAGGAGCUGCAAGCACGGCAUGCCUUAGCUCUCAAGAUGGAUGACAAUGGCAGAUGGAGCAGCAAUGACCACUUUAUUUUUGUUGCCAUACAUGACCAGUAUCCACGAGAGCUGCCAAACCGCCGUACACUACUUUUCAACAGACUUAAACGUCAUCUGCCUGCAAAAACACACGCUGAGCUGUCCGAUCAUGAGGACUGGUGGAUGGAUUACAAAUAUUUGAAGGAACGUAUCAAGGGUCUCUACAGUGACUGGGCUCGUGACCGCCGUGAGCUGCUGUCUAAGGUUAAGCUCAUUUUCCAAGAAGCAGUGCUUAGCCACCAGCUUGAAGAGCUGCACUCAGAGAACAUACAGCGACAGCGUCAGUACUGUCAGGUGCUUUAUCAAAAGGUACAGGAAUGGCGAGAAAAAAAACUUGAAGCCAUGCAGCUGGAGGCUGAACUGGAGGAACAGCAAAGAAAAUUGGUGGAAGAAAGACUUCAAGCAGAACAAGAAGAGGAAAGGAAAAGAAGGCUGAAAGAGAAAAAAAAGAUCAAAGCAUUUCAGACAGAAAAACUUCAUCAACAGCAAAAACUUGAAGAGGAGAUUAGGGAACGGCUGGAAAUUUUGCAGAAGGAGCUGGAAGAACAAGCUAUUUAUGAUCAUGAGAGGGUGCAUUACCGCCAGCAACAAUUGCUGGAGAAGAUGGAAGAGCGAAAGAAAGAACAGGAGAGAAAGGAAGAGGAAGAGAAGGAAAAAGAGGAGCGGCUAGAGGCCUUGCGAGAACAGGUGCGAGUAGUUGCAGAGAGAGAUCCAGCCAGAACCAUGCAAGACACAAAGGCAUGGGUGGCACAUCACACACAGGAUGAAGAGCACGAGUACCACGGCAUUUAUAAACCAUUGUUUGAAAUUCACAGUUUUACAUCCAAACAGAUAACAGCGGAUCCUCGAUUUCGACUGGAACAAAAACUGCGUGAAGCAGGACUUCACAAUAGCAGUUAUGCUCGUGCUGUGAUGGCAACCAUUGAACCUCUGCAUCCUCCACGCAAAGAUGCAGCAUCUAAUAUCAUCUUUGGGAACGAAACUAAACAAUAAAAUUGAGCCUAUGAGGGAACUUGCUUACUGCCCCAGGUGUUUAGACAGGUAUUGUUUGAAGUCUUCAUUUCUGAAAUCGCUGACAAUUUUCUGCAACAUGAAAUAAAGACUGUUGGUGCAAAAGAAAA